CCGCGCCAUCAGGGGGCGAAACGACGUCCUGGCUGAAGGAGCAGAAGCUCAGGCGUAGGAAGAAGAAGAAGACCGUGCAGAGUUUGUUUUGGUUCUGUGGUCCCUGUCGCUAAUUCUUUGGUUUUGGUUCCGGAUUUAAAUGGUAACGUCCAGCUGACCGUGGUCCCGUGAAGCCCAGAAGAGGCGCGUGGACUCACCGCUAGUGGAUCUGUGCAGAACUUCCCGCUUCACAUCGGCGCGUGCUGGAAGAAGAGGAGGAUGCUUCUCUGCUGCUUCAUCCACCUUCUCCUCUUCCCCUCCCCCGCUCAGAGCGACCUCUUCACCUCCAUCGGUCAGAUGACGGACCUGCUGAUCAUGGAGAAGGACCUGCUUUCCUCACUGAAGGACUACAUCUCUGCAGAGGAGCAAAAGCUGCGGCGCAUUAAACAGUGGGCGGAGCGACUGGACGUCCUCUCAGCUGCGUCCUCGGAGGAUGCGGAGGGUUUCCUCGGUCACCCUGUGAAUGCCUUCAAACUGGUGAAAAGACUCAACACGGAGUGGGCGGAGCUUGAGAAUCUGGUGCUGACGGACAUGUCAGAUGCUUUCAUCGCCAACCUCACCAUCCAGAGGCAGUUCUUCCCCAACGACGAAGACCAGGCGGGGGCGGCCAAAGCUCUGAUGAGGCUGCAGGACACCUAUCAGCUGGAGACCAGCAUCAUCUCCAGUGGACAGCUGCCGGGCUCAGACGCUUUACCGCGCAGUGUCCUGACGGCAGAUGACUGCUACGACCUGGGAAAGGUGGCGUACUCGGAGGCUGAUUACUUCCACACAAAGCUGUGGAUGACUCAGGCUCUGAGGCAGCUGGAGCAGGGGGAGGCGUCCAGCACCGUGGACACAGCCACCGUGCUAGACUACCUGAGUUACUCCGUCUACCAGCAGGGGGAGCUACAGGCAGCGCUGGACUUCACCAAGCGGCUUCUGGAGCUCGACCCAACUCACCAGCGAGCUAAUGGCAACCUGAAGUAUUUUGAGUACCAGCUGUCCAAGCAAAAGAAGGCGGUCCAGAUGAACGAGAGCGAGGAGGAUCAGAAGGGGGCUCAAGCUGACGACGAAUACUUACUAGAGAGGAGGAAGUACGAGCAGCUCUGUCGUGGCCAAGGUGCCCUGAUGACUCCUCGCAGGCUUAGCCGCCUCUUCUGCCGUUACUUCAACAACCACGGACAUCCGAACUACCUGAUCGGCCCAGUGAAGCAGGAGGACGAGUGGGACAGUCCGUACAUUGUUCGAUACCAUGACGUUGCGUCAGAAAAAGAGAUGGAGACGGUGAAGGAGCUCGCCAAACCUAGACUCAGACGAGCCACGGUGCAUGACCCUCAGACAGGAAAACUGACCACGGCGCAGUACAGAGUCUCCAAGAGCGCCUGGCUCGGAUCGCAUGAGCAUCCCAUAGUGGACAGGAUCAACCAGAGGAUUGAGGACAUCACAGGCCUGGACGUCAGUACGGCCGAAGACCUGCAGGUGGCGAACUAUGGCGUCGGGGGCCAGUAUGAGCCUCAUUUUGACUUUGGACGGAAAGACGAGGCGGAUGCGUUUGAGGAGUUGGGCACCGGGAACCGAAUUGCCACCUGGCUGCUCUACAUGAGCGACGUGCAGGCGGGGGGCAACACUGUCUUCACGGACAUUGGUGCUGUUGUUUGGCCCAAAAAGGGGACGGCGGUAUUCUGGUACAAUCUGCACCGGAGCGGAGAAGGAGACUAUCGAACUCGACAUGCAGCCUGUCCAGUUCUGGUCGGGAACAAGUGGGUGUCCAACAAAUGGAUCCAUGAACGGGGACAGGAGUUCAGGAGGCGCUGCGGCCUUCAGCUGUCAGAAUGACCACCGACACUCCGCCUUCGCUGGACAGUCUUCCUCCUCUGAAUGUUUUCCUGUGUGUCUGCAUCUCCACAGACGGUGUGAAGAGCAGGGAUAUAGUGACCUGGCUGCUGCUCCUCUUCUUUCUGUUUGUCCACCAGAACCACAUCUAUUGAUUUUAUAAGUUAAACCGGGUUUGGGUCUUUCCUGAGCUGAGUCAAACGUGUGAUGAACCAGCACGUUUUUAGUCUAAAGGUCUUCACUAAACAAAAACAAUUUUCAUAACUUAUUGUUAGUUACUGCAGAAAUGCAUCACCUUUAAAUACAUACGUUUCCAUGACAACCACAGCAUCACUCGGGCUGCCUUUUUAGUCAGGCCCCGCCCACUGUUCAGCCAGGAGAUAAAUCGUUGAACCUGAAACAUGUGAAGAAUUAAAUAAAAAGGAUAAACACUGGAUAUGAAAUGUAUAAAAUGUAUAAACUGUACGUAUUUAAAGGGAAAGACUCACGUCUAAAAAACUUUAACAAAAAAGGCUUUAAGUGACAAAUUUCUUAAGAGGAAUUCUUGGUUUUUGCACUUUAUUUGUCAAUAAUAAAAAUAAAGUUUGCUAAAUAUCAAA